GUGAAGAUGGCGCCGGGCGGAUGGAAAUCCUAAUGACAGUCUCCAGGAUCGCUUCUAUCUGUACCAUGGGCGCCAAUGCCUCAGCUUUAGAGAAAGAGAUUGGGCCGGAACAGUUUCCAGUAAAUGAGCACUAUUUCGGAUUAGUAAAUUUUGGGAACACCUGCUACUGCAAUUCCGUUCUUCAAGCACUUUAUUUCUGUCGGCCGUUUCGGGAGAAAGUCCUUGCUUACAAAAGCCAGCCUAGGAAGAAAGAGAAUCUUCUCACUUGCUUGUCAGAUCUGUUCCACAGUAUUGCCACCCAGAAGAAAAAGGUUGGAGUAAUCCCUCCCAAGAAAUUUAUCACCAGGCUACGGAAAGAAAAUGAGCUAUUUGACAACUACAUGCAACAGGACGCUCAUGAAUUCCUGAACUAUCUACUAAACACAAUAGCCGACAUUUUGCAAGAGGAGCGCAAGCAAGAGAAACAGAAUGGAAGGAUCCCUAAUGGUAACAUUGACAACGAAAACAACAAUAGUGCACCUGAUCCCACCUGGGUCCACGAGAUCUUUCAGGGAACUCUGACGAACGAAACCCGGUGUCUUACGUGUGAAACGAUAAGCAGCAAAGAUGAGGAUUUUUUAGAUCUUUCUGUGGAUGUGGAGCAGAACACAUCAAUCACUCAUUGUUUAAGGGGUUUUAGUAAUACAGAAACACUUUGUAGUGAAUAUAAAUAUUACUGUGAAGAGUGUCGCAGUAAGCAGGAAGCACACAAAAGGAUGAAGGUUAAAAAGCUGCCUAUGAUUUUAGCCCUCCACCUAAAAAGGUUCAAGUACAUGGAUCAACUACAUCGAUAUACAAAGCUCUCCUACAGAGUAGUCUUUCCUUUAGAACUUCGGCUGUUUAACACAUCAGGAGAUGCCACCAACCCAGACAGAAUGUAUGACCUUGUGGCUGUGGUCGUGCACUGCGGAAGUGGUCCAAAUAGAGGACAUUAUAUUGCAAUAGUGAAGAGUCAUGACUUUUGGUUGCUGUUCGAUGAUGAUAUUGUAGAGAAAAUAGAUGCACAAGCUAUAGAGGAAUUCUACGGGUUGACAUCUGAUAUCUCAAAGAACUCCGAAUCGGGAUACAUUCUUUUCUACCAGUCUCGAGACUGAAUAAGGACUGUGACAGAUACCUUCUGCCUCACCUUCUGCUAAUGUUAACUCGAAAAAAGAAUUUAGCACUGAAACAAAUAUAUAAAUAUAUAUAUAUAUAUAUAUAUAUAUAUAGAG